GGACUAGCCUACCUGUGUCGUGCAUGGACCAACCUCUGAAUUCACCGUGUUGCGUGGCGCUGAAUCGGAAUAUCAGCAGUCUUACCUGACAAACUCCCGUUACUUUAAGUCGAGGAAUAGAACGUAACCUUGAAGUACGGGGACACCUGAACCAGAUAACUCACCUGUAGCGACGUCAUUGCUGUUUUUGUGGAGUGUGUGGGCUUGGGGAGAAAAAGAACGGACACGCACAUAGAAGAAAAACGGGAUAGAAGACUGAAACUGCGGAGCUACAAAGUUUGUUGUUACGGUGGAGAACAGAAAGGAGGGAGGACUGCGGGAAGAAAAGAAGGGAACGAUCCUUCCCGUUUUUUUUUCUUUCACGAGGGGAAGGUAUAUUUUGAAGUACUUUUUUCACCAGUUUACCUGGAGCGUAUUGAUUCUACACAAACUUGACCGAAGAGGACAGUUUAACCGUAAAAAAAAACGAACAUGCCGCGAGCCUUCCUGGUAAAGAAGGCGAGAUACUCGCCCUAUAAGCGGAACUGGAGCGAGUUGCCAGACGACGAGCGCGGGGACGUAUAUAUACCAGUGUCUGUCUUCCCUGUGCCCUUAUUGGAGGAAACUGAAGCCAGUCCAGCAGAGACCGCCCCCUGUCUCGCCACGACGACGCACUACGAAUACACCAAAUACACACAGUCACACUCGGUGCGCAGCGUGAUGACCCCUACAGCGGAGAUGCCCUCGUGCACGGUGCUGGGUCAACCCCAGAGCCCUGGUCGGGAGUUAGAGGUCACGGGGUUAGAGGUGAAGAGGAGGGCACAGAGCAGCACCUAUGUCCGCUCCAAAAUCAAGGUGACUACAGGUGAGCUACCCAGUCAGAUUCCAAUACCUCCCCAGCCUUCCAUCCCCGAAAUCACCACCACACCUGUUUCCUUGACGACGUCCCCUACUGCCCUGGUCUCCACAGUAACGAAGUCAGGGACAGGUGCUCAGGCGUCGUUUGUGUGCAAGAUGUGCCAGAAGGUGUUCCAGUACCAGAGGAUGUUGAACCGACACCUGAAGUGUCACAGUGAUACUAAGAGACACCUGUGUAACCACUGUGGUAAAGGAUUCAACGACACUUUCGACCUGAAGAGACACGUCAGAACACACACAGGAGUGCGUCCCUACAAGUGCUCUCUGUGUGACAAGGCCUUCACCCAGCGCUGCUCUCUAGAGUCUCACAUGAAGAAGAUCCACGGUGUGACCCUGCAGUACGCCUAUAAAGAGAGACGCAACAAACUCUACGUCUGUGAGGAGUGUGGCCACACCGCCCCUUCCCAGGAUACACUGCUCAAACACUACCACGCCCUCCAUCCCAACUCCGCCUUCCUGAGGGGGAAGGGGCUGAAAGGGGGGAGAGGGGCAGAGGGGGAGGAGUCGAUGCCUGGGUCGCCGCUUUCGAAUGACCAGGAUAGUGAUGAUACUACAGGGUCUGGGGUGCAGUAGAAAGAAGGGGCUGAAGGAGAGGGGAAGGGUAGGAAUUACGACGGUCGAAACUGUCGUCGGGUAAAUCUGAAACGUUAAAGGAACGUCCAUUUUAAAUAUGAGCCCUGUUGAGAUUAGGAUUGAGAUUAUGCCCAGUUUGAGAUUAUUCUGGGUUUCACCUGGAAACUCUCCUCCCGAUGUCGAUUAUCUGUACAAAAUAAAACACAACUCUAUAUAUUCAGUAAAGGGAUUAAUAUAUUUAAAUAUGUACUUUGCUAUGAAUUUAUACAGUGUGUUUUAAUGCUAUUAUGCAUUUGAUUGAUGAAAAUAACCAACGUUUGUUUUUGGGGGUUUACACUACUGAAAGUUCCAAAUGGUGGUUUAUAGGAAAUCUUUUGCACAACUACUGUACACUGUAGUACUACUAUAAGAUGUUGUAUCUACUGCAAUACCAAGGUUGGCCUCAAUUCCUUUUCAAUUCCAGUCAAUUCAGAAAAUACACUGUAAUUCAAAUUCUCUUCAAUGCUUUUUGAGGAAAAUUUGGAAUUAGUUUUACAUUCUGAAUGAACUAUAACUGUACAAUUGAAAUGGAAUUGACCCCUAACCCUUGUCUUAUACAACUGCAACGACUGUUGAAAGAAAGAGAUUGUGAAACAAAGUGCCGGUCAUGUUUACAUUCAUAUCCAAUAGGACUUGGAAAGGAUCCAACUUCUACAGAAGAGAUUACUACUUGCAUACUGGAAAAGCACAGUGAGAUUAUUCUAGCCUGGUCCCAGGUCUGUUUGUGUUGUAUAGCCAUCUCCACUCCACUAUAGCCUGGUCCCAGGUCUGUUUGUGUUGUAUAGCUAUCUCCCCUCCACUAUAGCCUGGUCCCAGGUCUGUUUGUGUUGUAUAGCCAUCUCCCCUCCACUAUAGCCUGGUCCCAGGUCUGUUUGUGUUGUAUAGCCAUCUCCACUCCACUAUAGCCUGGUCCCAGAUCUGUUUGUGCUGUAUAGCCAUCUCCCCUCCACUAUAGCCUGGUCCCAGGUCUGUUUGUGUUGUAUAGCCAUCUCCACUCCACUAUAGCCUGGUCCCAGGUCUGUUUGUGUUGUAUAGCCAUCUCCACUCCACUAUAGCCUGGUCCCAGGUCUGUUUGUGCUAUAUAGCCAUCUCCCCUCCACUAUAGCCUGGUCCCAGGUCUGUUUGUGUUGUAUAGCCAUCUCCACUCCACUAUAGCCUGGUCCCAGGUCUGUUUGUGUUAUACAGCCAUCUCCACUCCACUAUAGCCUGGUCCCAGGUCUGUUUGUGUUGUAUAGCCAUCUCCACUCCACUAUAGCCUGGUCCCAGAUCUGUUUGUGCUAUACAGCCAUCUCCCCUCCACUAUAGCCUGGUCCCAGGUCUGUUUGUGUUGUAUAGCCAUCUCCCCUCCACUAUAGCCUGGUCCCAGGUCUGUUUGUGUUGUAUAGCCAUCUCCACUCCACUAUAGCCUGGUCCCAGGUCUGUUUGUGUUGUAUAGCCAUCUCCACUCCACUAUAGCCUGGUCCCAGGUCUGUUUGUGUUGUAUAGCCAUCUCCCCUACACUAUAGCCUGGUCCCAGGUCUGUUUGUGCUAUAUAGCCAUCUCCCCUCCACUAUAGCCUGGUCCCAGGUCUGUUUGUGUUAUACAGCCAUCUCCACUCCACUAUAGCCUGGUCCCAGGUCUGUUUGUGUUAUACAGCCAUCUCCACUCCACUAUAGCCUGGUCCCAGGUCUGUUUGUGUUAUACAGCCAUCUCCACUCCACUAUAGCCUGGUAACAGGUCUGUUUGUGUUGUAUAGCCAUCUCCACUCCACUAUAGCCUGGUCCCAGGUCUGUUUGUGUUAUACAGCCAUCUCCUAUGGUGUUUGACAAGACUAUAUCUGUAGAAUUGGCAAGACAAUACACAGAUCUGGUACCAGGCUAAGAUUGUAUAGGAUUUACAUACUGAUUCUCAGGUUAGAAUACACUCCACUAUAUAAUGCUGUUGGUUUUGAUAUGUUUUCUAUUAGUGGGGUCAAUGUGUUUGAACUUGUUCUGGUUGUUUUCAUAUAUUUUGUUUCUAUAAAAGUGUUUUUGUUAUUGUUUUUGAGUGUGAUUUGGGCACUUGAUUCUUGGCCAGUGUAUGUGUGUAUACUGUAUAAGUGCCUGACUACUCAUAAGGGAAAGUCAACCAAAAGGGUACAGAAUUAUAUUAUACUGUACUUUCUAUAACUGUACAAUAUAGUAUAUACACUGAAAUAUAUAUAUAUAAAGAGGGUUUUUUCUAUUUAUGAACAGGUGUUUGAAUGAUUACUAUAUUAAUGGGGUUUUUUGUUUUCUGUUAAUAUUUUUUAUUUUAUUUUUUACAAUCAUUCUAAUGUGACUUGUAUCAAAUUGUAUUUUUAUUAUAUGUAUCCGAACUCGGAAACUCUGAAAUUUCCAACUUGGAAACUCGUUGUAGAAAAAUUAGGUCAAAUUUUUGGUUCCACUAGGAAAGUAUCAUAAUCAACCAAUUGGAAGCGCUACGUUUAAAAAAAAAAAAAAAACGUAUGCAAAUUUGAACCCUUGAGGUUCUGAUUUUCCGAGUUGUCUUGAAUGCGGCAUUUCAAAGACUUUCUUCCCUUGUUGCCAAUUUGACUUGUUUUAAGGUCUUGUUUUCCUGGUGUGUUUGAUGGGUGUGGUGGGUUGUGGAUGCUUCUGUAUAUUCAGUGACUCUUACUUUGACAAUCAUAGUGAGGUUGGUUGUUGCUCAAUAUUAAAUCUGUUUCCUGUAAAGUAUCA